GAGGUCUUUAGGGUUCCAGACAUGUCCGAGGUGAAGAGCCGGAAGAAGCCGGGGCCCAAGGGGGCUGCCGGCGAGCCCGAGAAGCGGAGCGAUGGCAGGAAGAACCCCGAGGCGAGGGGAGGCGCGGGCUGGGCGGACCCCCGCACCGGGCUCAGCCUGCUGUCGCUGGCGACGUGCUUGGGCCUGGCCUGGCUUGUAUUUCAACAAUCAGAAAAGUUUUCGAAGCUGGAAAACCAAUACCAAUUGCUGCAAAUAGAAAGCAGAGAGUUUCAAGGACUACAGACUACCAUCAGUUUAAUUUCAGACAAGCUGGAGUCUACUGAAAGUAUCCUGCAGGAAGCUGCACCAUCCAUGGCUUUGAUGACCCAGUUUGAACAGGAAAUGUCUGGCCUCCAAAGAUCCAUACAUGACAUUGAGGACAGUGAAGAGAUGCUCACUCGGAAGAUGCAAAGCCUUAAUGAGAAAUUCCAGACCAUUACAGAUUUCUGGGAGAGAACCCUGGCAGAAAUGAGCAACAAUACAGCCACUUUCAAAUCAGAAGCAAAGCAUAUACAUUCUCAAGUUACCAUGAAAAUUAACUCAGCUGAGCAAGAAAUGAAACUGCUCACUGAACGGCUAAAAGAUUUGGAAGACAGCACACUACGAAACAUCAGAACAGUAAACAGACAAGAAGAGGAGGAUCUUCUCCGAGUAGAGGCACAGCUCAGCUCCAACACAAAAGCCGUUGAGAAGCUAGAAGAAGAGCAACAUUCACUCCUAGCCAGAGAUGAGGAGCUGACCAGUAAACUUGCCAACUAUGAACCCAAAGUUGAAGAGUGCAAGGCCCAUUUGCCAGCUAUAGAAAAUGCAAUCCACUCUGUCCUCAGAGUCUCUCAGGACCUGAUGGGGACAGAAAAGAAAAUGGAAGACCUCACUGUGCAGAUGUUUAACAUGGAGGACGAUAUGCUAAGGGCGGUGUCUGAAAUAAUGGAGAUGCAGAAGACCCUUGAGGGAAUUCAGUACGACAACAGCAUACUAAAGAUGCAAAACGAACUGCUGGUUCUCAAAGGGAAAGUUCACGAUUUCAUAGCAUAUUCAAGUUCAGGAGAAAAGGGGACUUUGGGAAAAUAUAACCUAGAAAAUAAGGGAGCCGAUGAUUAUUAAGCUUGCUGUGUACCUUUUGAUGGGCUGUAUUGUUAAAUGGAGAUCAGUCAGUUCUACUUUAAAGAAAUGGCUCUGCCUCACUUUACCAAAGAAUAAGUGGAGUAUGGACCACAUAAUCACACUUUUAUCCCUUUAAGAUGUAACACUUACAUUAACCAUUUUAAAUAGAAAUCAUUCUGCUGGGAGGUAGUGGUGCACGCCUUUAAAUCCAGCACACAGAUGCAGCAGCAGGUGGAUCUCUGAGUUCAAGGCAAGCCUGGUCUUCAGAAGGAGUUCCAGGACAGCUAGGGCUACACAGAGAAACCUUAUCUCAAAAAAAUAAAAAAAAAAAAAGAAAGAAAGAAAAAGAAAAACAAGAAAAUAGUUCUAAAAUAUAUAUAUUGCUCUACUUUUAGGCAACAUAUUUAAUAUUUACAUGUCUUUCCAAUAAUUAAUAGACAUUAUUAUGAAUUAUAUUUAUUAUACUAGAGAUAUAUGUGUGUAUCUAGAGACAUAGAUAUCUACAUAUAGAUGUCCAUAGCAAAUACUGAGACCACUUACCAUUUCUCUAUGUGACUCUAGUUUUCUGUCUUCCAAAGCCGUGUCUGUCUCUCAUGCCUUUUCUGUCACCCGUUCUUGCAGUUGGUUGAUAGCAUGCCUGCCUCUGCAGCUUCUUUAUGUUCAGACAGCCAGGUUCGUAGGGAUUUUAUGUAAACUGAAAGGUAACAUGCCUGCAGGAGAGCCUGGGGGCUCUUCUGUGAGGCUUCGCCACCUUCUGAAAACCAUGGCACCUAGGAAGUAGUUUCCCUUUCACAAAGGUUCUAAACUGGGCUGGAGAGAUGGCUCAGUGGUUAAGAGCAUUGCCUGCUCUUCCAAAGGUCCUGAGUUCAAUUCCCGGCAACCACAUGGUGGCUCACAACCAUCUGGAAUGAGGUCUGGUGCCCUCUUCUGGCCUGCAGACAUAUACACAGACAGAAUAUUGUAUACAUAAUAAAUAAAUAAAUAUUUAAAAAAAAAAAACAAAGGUUCUAAACUGUGUUACAGCUACUCAUAAGAGGUUUAAAAUGUGAGUAAAUAUGCUUACUCUGACCUCAUUAAUAUUUCCCGUUAACCGGUUAUGCUUUGGGGUAAUGAGCUUUCGGAGUCCUUUUUUGUACCUGGACUUUAAUUUCUAAAGUUUGAACUGUGUGACACUAGGGUUUACUAAAUAUAACCAGUAGAUACUUAAAGUAAAAAGUAUGCCAAUAAGCCUGUGCCUGUUUUAAAGAUAAAACAACUUAACAGUAAACUGUGAUCAUUGUGAUGUAUUUAUGUCAUUUUAAAGAUUCCCCAACUUAUGAAACUAAGUUUGUUUUACAUACUGAUUUUAUUUUUAAAACAUUAGGGUUGGAGCUAGGCAUGGUGGCAUAUACCUUUAAUACCAGCAUCAGCCUGGGCGGUGGUGGUGCAUGCCUUUAAUCCCAGCACUCAGGCGACAGAGGCAAUGCAAGCAGAACUAUGAGUUCAAAGCCACCCUGUUCUACAUAGUGAGACUAUAUCUCAAAAUAAUAAUAAUAAUAAUAAUAAUAAUAAUAAUCAGUUAACAAGGCUAGGAGAUAGCUUCGUAAGUGAAGUUCUUGCUGUGAAAGCUGAGGACUUUACCCAGCACUGACAUAAGAAACUGGGUCUAGCAGUGCCUGCCUGAAAUACCAGCACUGGAAGACAGAGGCAGAAUGCAAAUAGUACAUGAGAAAACUAUCAAAAUAUCUGUGUCUAUGUAUUCCUUUGCUAAGAAAUUUGCUGAGCUGGGCGGUGGUGGCACACAACACACCUUUAAUCCCAGCACUCAGGAGGCAGAGGCAAGUGGAUCUCUAUGAGUUCGAGGCCAGCUGGGUCUACAGAGCAAGUUUCAGGACAGCCAAAACUACACAAAGAAACCGGCUAGAAAAAUAAAAAAUAAAUAAAUAAAAAAAGAAAUUUGCCUUGGGGUCGAAGAGAUACUCGGUGGUCAAGAGUACUGGUUGUUCUUGCAGAAUACCUGGCUUUGAUUCCCAGUACCCGUAUGAUGGCUCACAACCAUCUAUAAACUAAUUUUCUAGGGUAGCUGGCACACUCUUUUGACUUUUGCAGACAGCAGGCAUGGCAUGUAUAUGGUGCACAGACACAUACACAUAUGCAAAACAUUCAUAUGCAUAAAAUAAAAUAAAUUUUUUUUUGUUUUUUCGAGACAGGGUUUCUCUGUGGUUUUUGGAGCCUGUCCUGGAACUAGCUCUUGUAGACCAGGCUGGUCUCGAACUCACAGAGAUCCGCCUGCCUCUGCCUCCCAAGUGCUGGGAUUAAAGGCGUGCGCCACCACCGCCCGGCAAAAUAAAUGUUUUUAAUUUCGUAUUUAUCAGAGUCGUCAUUGGAGAGACCUAGAUACAUUUAAUGAAUCUUCCUUUGUUCUUUGGUGUGUGUUUUGGAGCUUUUUAUUUUAUUUUUGAGACAGAGUCCCAGUAUGUAGCCCAGGUUAGUCUUAACUCACCAUCUUCCUGCUUUUGCAUCUCAAGUAACAGGGUCACAGAUAUAUGUAAUGGCACAGGCUUCAUUUUGUUGUGCCUUAUGAAAAUUGCCAAUAUUGUAAUAUACAUUUUUGUAUCUCUGUAACUGAUAAUAAAUAUUAUACCAAUUAGCUCA